CUGGAUUUUACAAAUAAAGAAAUCCAAGGAAGUGAUGAGAAUAUCGAUGAUACAAGCAACGGAUACCAGGAUACCGUGAAUGAUAUAGCUGAAUUCAGAAACGAUUCAGCAAAAAUUGAAAAUCAAGCAUAUCCAACAGUACAACCUCAAUCUGAAGAAUUUUCAAACGAGAGGAAAGAAUUUCGCGUUCUUACAACAAAAAAUCCAGACCCAGAAGACGAAAUUAGUGAGGUUGUCCGAAGUCGACCUGAGUAUAAUAACGAAGAUAAACCCUUGUCAGCUCUCAAGCGAUUGCAGUUUCCACAAGACAAUAUCCGACAGCUUCAGUAUUUGGGCGAAAAUAAUGGUAAAAUGAGCCAUCAGGAGAGCAUUUCGAAAAAGGAGGAGAGUACCAUCGCUCAAGACCAGUUCCGUGAUCAGGAACCUUUAUCAGAAGACGAAGCCCAAAGCCAAGAAUCGACAGGAAUCUCUACAAAUCGAGAAUCAACGACGACCGGAGCUACAACAGCGCCACUUAUAACAGGAUAUGUAAGCGAGAUAACUGAAACUACUCGUCGUCGUUUCAAAUACGUCACAAAACGUCCACGUACCGAACGAUAA